AUGACUACAGGUAUUGCCGAAAGCUGGAACAAUGUCAUUGCUGAGGCACGUGGGUGGCCAAUUACUUGUCUAAUGGAAUUUGUGAGGCACACUUUACAAAAAUGGUUUUUCGAACGUCGAACUGCAGCAUCAACAGCUACAAUUCCUCUUGCCACAGAAGUGGAAGCUGAUUUGCGAAAGUUAGCAGACAAGUCCACUACCUCGUUCCCUUUUCCGUCUAGUCAGUAUGAAAUAAUAGUAUUGGAUGGUGAUCUUGAUGGAGAUGUCGACCUGAGGAGGAAAACAUGUAGUUGUAGAAGAUUUGAUUUGACAGGUCUUCCUUGUGAACACGCUCUAGCUGGUGCUCGAGAUCAUGGCAUUAGUCCAUAUAGUUUAUGCUCCAGAUUCUACACAGUUGAAGCGUGGUUGUCAUCCUAUGGUGGAUCUGUAUAUACGCUGGGUAAUGAAGAAUCUUGGGUGAUACCAAAUGACAUAGGAAGUAUGAUGAUAGCUCCUCCUUUAGUGAAGCAGAAGGCUGGUCAUCCAAAGAAGAAACGACGUUUAUCAAAGGCUGAGAAGAAUAGCAAACAACGUAGAUGUAGUAGAUGUGGUGUCCUGGGCCACAAUCGAGUGACGUGCACCACUGUUUGUCCCCCGCUGUCUAGACAUGCUUAG